AAGAAAAAGACAGAGAUGACGGCGACAGGAAGAAGCACGAAUGAAGGCGGCUUCCUUGCAUUCAACGCAUCUUUUAACCCCCUCUCGUUCUCGACCUCAUCUCUCCGCUACUCUGUCCGAGAAGUCUACAAAAGGACUCCUUUUCUAGCCUCGCUCACACUGUUGCUCUCCUUCCCAAUCCGCUCCGCGCCUCUUCUCUCGAUGAUUCAGGUGGCUGUCAAUCAAGAUUCGCCGUUCAAAGAGCUUGGAAUCAAGAACAGGGGAGGCAUGGGAAUGGAACAGGGAGGCGGUGGGCGGGAGGAGCACCGGUGGCCGCCGUGGCUGCGGCCGCUGCUGUCGACUAGCUUCUUCGUGCAAUGCAAGAAGCACGCGGUUCAUUCCCACCGGAGCGAGUGCAACAUGUACUGCCUCGAUUGCACGGACGGCGCUCUUUGCUCCGUCUGCGUACUCGCUCACCGCGACCACCACGCCAUCCAGAUAAGGCGGUCGUCGUACCACGACGUGAUCAGGGUGUCGGAGAUCCAAAAGGUGCUGGACAUCAGCGGCGUGCAAACCUACAUCAUCAACAGCGCCCGCGUCGUCUUCCUGAACGAGCGCCCUCAGCCGCGGCCCGGCAAGGGCGUCACCAGGACCUGCGAGGUCUGUGACCGCAGCCUCGUUGACUCCUUCCGUUUCUGCUCCCUCGGCUGCAAGCUCUCUGGCACCUCGUAUAACGACGACAACCACAACAAGAAGAUUAAAUCGAGAGGAGGAUCGGACUCGGAGCACUCAAGCACCAGCGAGAAGAGCAACGCCAUCCAGAACUUCACCCCGUCGACCCCGCCGCCGUCGAGCGCCAAGAGGCGGAAGGGCAUUCCCCACCGAGCUCCCUUCGGAAGCGUAAUGCUGGAAUUCUAAUCCCCACAGCUACCGCGUGUACACAUAGGCCUUUCCCAGCACUCAGUGCUUCUUGAGCCGGAGAGGCCGGCGCUGGGAACCACAGAGCCAAGAAAACAGAGCAGACGAAUAAUUAGAGCACCAUAGCUGAUCGGUUGCAGUAGCUUUAGAUCGAUGGAGCAGGUGCAAUGUAAUCAGAAACUCGUUGUAAUAAUUAAUAAAAUCCUCUCCGUUUUUGUUUGCCAA